AUGCCACCUCAGUCCCCACCCCCUAAACCCCAAAACUUCACCUUCUUCCACGGCCACCGCAAGCCCUCACAGAACCGCCCUACAGUCCGCGGCGGCCUCUUCUCCAACCGCGUCUCCCUCCCAAACCGCAGAUACCCCACCGCCGCCCCCCAACCUCAGUCCUUCGAACUCUCCAAAUGGGAUCCACACCUCCCCCAAUCCUCGCCGUCCACUUCAUCAUCCAACCCUGCCGACACGACACUCCUCUCAUUUCUCUCCCCUAUCGCUCGCUUCAUUCUCGACGCGUUCCGCAAGAACCAGAACCACUGGGGCCCACCAGUCGUCUCGGAGCUCCGAAAGCUCCGCCGGGUUACGCCCGACCUCGUUGCCGAGGUGCUCAAGGUCCAAAACGACCCCGUCUCCGCUUCCAAGUUCUUCCACUGGGCAGGUAAGCAAAAGGGUUUCAAGCACACUUAUGCUUCCUACAAUGCCUUGGCCUAUUGUCUGAACAGGUCCAACCGGUUCCGGUCCGCGGACCAAAUCCCAGAGUUGAUGGACUCGCAGGGCAAACCCCCCAGCGAGAAACAGUUUGAGAUUCUCAUCAGAAUGCACUCCGAUGCCAAUAGAGGUCUUAGGGUUUAUUAUGUGUAUGAAAAAAUGAAGAAAUUUGGGGGUUAA